AUGGAAGGCCUAACUGGUGGAGGGAACUUGCUGCUGACAGCUGAAGAUGAGAAAGGAAAUACUGUUUUGCAUUCUGGGUUGAUUCAUGAGAAGCCAAAUAAAUUCCAGUAUUCAUCUAAAAAGGUUUUCUCUAUUGGCUAUGAAAAGAGUUUCUUUAGUUCAUUAAUGCCACCCCCUAAAAUGAGGCCGUGCCAUCACUGUGGUCUGUCUGGAUCCUUCAGAUGUUCACAAUGCAAGCAAGUCUACUAUUGCUCUGCAGAUUGUCAAAAGAAAGAUUGGCCAGCACAUAGUGUUGUAUGUGAGCCAAUUAAACAGACGUAACUACCUGCUAAAACUGAGAAGGGACUUCAUCUUAAGGAAGAAAUGAUGUUGAGUUUUGCUGUAGAUGUUGUUCUUCCAGAUUUUGGAGACUGCCUCUGUAAAGUACCUGUUGAAAUGAAGUCUGAUUUCACUCCAAGAAUUAAUGCCAAAGGAGAAGACUCUCCAAGAGUGACAGAAACCCAUUCUAAGGGAAGUAAAGAAAAAAUACCUGUAGAUGAAGAAUGUCUUCACUUUGCUAAUUCCGUUACAGAGUGUAUCUCUGUAUGUAUUGGAGAUGCAUUUUCUGGCAUGGUUUCCUACAUUCAAAAUCCAGAAAACUUCUUCUGUCAGCAGAUGCACAGUGCCCGUCAACUUGCUGAGCUUCAAGUGGCUCUUAAUGAGCAUUGUGACAAAUUCCCCAGUAGUCCAGCUUUCCGUCCUGCUGCUGGAAAUGUGUGCUGUGCCCAGUUCAAAGAAGACAAUCUCUGGUAUCGUGCUGCUGUUCUAGCAUAUGCUUCUGAAGAUACUGUUUUUGUGGCCUAUAUAGAUUAUGGUAAUUCAGAGGUUCUUCCAUUGUCUAGACUUCGUCCUAUGAUUCCAAGAUCAGUGGACUUGCCAGCUCAAGCCAUAAGAUGCACCUUGGCAGGUGUAAAGCCACCACUGGGAGUCUGGACCUCAGAAGCCAUUUCUGCUAUGAAACAACUGGUGAAUGACAAAGUGCUCACAAUAAAAGUAGUGGACAAAGACAGUUACAGGUCUGUGGUGGAGCUGGUAGAUGCAUCGGUUACUCCAGGAAUAAAUGUAAUGAAGCAUCUCAUAGAGAGAGGCUGUGCAGCUGAGGAAUCAAGGCUGGCCUCGCCAGCAGCUGGAGGGAGGGAUGUUAAGCAAGCUAAUGAAGCCUCACCUGGGCGCUGGAAGCCGAUAGAACUGGUGAUAGGUGAAAGCCUGUCUGUCUGUGUAACAGAAGUUGACAGCCCAGACUUGUUCUAUGCUGUCCCAGUUCAAACUAAAGGUAAGAAACUGUAUAGGCAGUCAAUGGAACUAGAAGACUAUUGUAAAUCUUGCAGGAACCAGCCAUUCACACCGCAGCCGGGUGAGGCCUGUUGUGCCAGGUUUUCAGGUGAUGGCUGUUGGUACAGAGCUGUUGUUCUAAAAGCUGCUCAGUUUGCAGUGAAAGUGCUAUAUGCAGAUUAUGGGAACACAGAGACUUUGCCACUUUCAAAGGUGCUGCCAAUCCCCGAGUCCUACUUAAAGAUGCCUUUUCAGACAAUAACAUGUUCACUUGCAGGAAUAGAGAAAGCUGAGUGGUCUCCAUUACUACUUGCUAAGUUGAAAGAAAUGUUGUUGAAUAAAUAUGUCAAAAUUACAGUGGAAGGCAUUAAUGGAAAUGUUUAUGUAGUAACGGUAGAGAAAUCUUCUGGAAGCAGCUGUCUGAAUGUAGCUGACCAGCUGGUCCUGGAAGGUUUGGUCAGAUCGUGCCGUGCUGAGAAGUUACAUACUGAACAUCAAGGCCAUGGAGGUGAGACCAAAUGCUGCUGUGCGGAAUUAAAAACACAAGUAAGGUUCAGUCCAUGCAGUACUUGCUUUUUAUGUUUCCAGAAUUGA